UUGUUUUGCCUAAUGUAAUUUGGGGAACCCUGUGAAUUUAAAGCCUAUUUGGCGAAUGGCUCUAAAACAGAAGCCUGACAAUCACUAAAAGUGCACUUAAUAACCGUAAAGAUAAUCAUAUUAAGGUAUUUGCAUACGGCCUAAGUCUAUAUUUCAAAGCGCGAUAUACUCAUCUUAUUUCUGUCUCCAUCUGGCAAUUUUAAGGCGAAAUUAAAAUAAGAAUGUUAAUUUCCUAUCAGCUUCCCCGUGAGAUGCUAAGUGAAUCUUUUGAUUUUAGCUCCCAAACCCGGGAUUCAGCGCAGCAUCACCGGCUUAGCCGACGUUCGCCUGGGCGCCACCUGAGCUUAGACCAGCACGGGACGUCGUUAAUAUUAGACAAAAAGUAUUUCAGUCAACAGUAUUCGCCAACUUUUUCACAUCGGUGCACCCUUAACUACAACAAUGAUUGCAGUCCUUUGUGGUUUCCUCAUCCUCUCUCUGGUGGGCAGCGGCUUCGCUGUGGAUGAAGCUCCUCCUCGUGACUGCGGCACCUUCUUGAAGAGGCCCUACGUGGCCUUUUGUGACCUGGAUGUGGUGUGGGACGUGGCAGUGAUGACGGUGGCGAGUGGGGCAGCCCUGGCAUCGAUGAUCCUGGCCCUCGUGCUGCUGUUCUGUCUGCGCCGCAUCACAGCGCCCGACCAGCGCAGCGGGGUGGCGCCACUGCUUCUGCUCCUCGCCGGCAUCCUCGGGCUCUGUGGCCUCAGCUUUGCUUACCUCAUCAAGCGUGAAAAGCGUCUUUGUAUUGCGCGGCGCACCACCUGGGGCACGCUGCUCGCCAUGUGCUUCGGAUGCCUGGUGUCGCAGGGUGUGCGACUGCAGCGGUUGGUGCAGGGUGCCCUUAGCCCCAGUGGCAGGGCCCUGGCAGGGUUGGCGGCCCUUUUGGCUCUGGUGGCUCCUGCAUGGCUGCUGCUGAAUGUGAUGCCUGAGGACCUUGCGGCUUGCAAGUACAAUUCACUGGACUUGGGGUUGAUCUGCACCUACGUGCUGCUCCUGCUGCUAGUGGCACUGGCUGGUGCAGCCUGCAGCCUGUCUGGGGUGCAGCCGCAGUGGCGAUGCAACGCUGCUUGGCUGCUCGCCACCUGCCUCAGCUCCUGCCUGUUGUGGGCCACCUGGCUCACAUUCUACCUUUAUGGCAAUAUGGCGCUUGGCUUGUCCUCCGCCUGGGAAGAUAGGGAGCAGGCAGUGGUGUUGGCGGUGCAGGCCUGGCUGCUACUGCUGGUCCACGCUGCCCCCGAGGCCCACGCCUGCAUGCAUGCAGCCCCGCAGCCCUCGGACCCCUCCGACUCUGCCCCCUCGCAGGCUCAACCCCACCUGAGUGAGGCCAGCCUUGAAGAGGGCAUUUCCCUGUCCCACUGGCAGUCUAGAGAGAACCAGGGCGUCUCAGUUAACCACAGCAAUUCAGAAAUGGACACAGCUAGCUGCCUCUGCAUAUCCAUCCAGACUCGGAACGCAGUGCAAUUUCCUGGGAUUCAGCAGCUGGUUCAUAUCACCAGGGGUGUAAAUUCGCUGUACGGUGGUUUCCCCAGAAGAGCACGGUCGGUUUCAUACCUAAACAUCCAAUGAAUAAACGACAGCUACAAAGAGGGCCUCCUGGCUGAAACAGAGAGCAAGACCAAAUAUUUUGGUCCGAGUCAGACAUGUUCAUCAUAAGGGUUUCCUGAUUAAACUGGGGUGGUUUGAAAGUUGACAAAUUUCCAUUGCAAUAACACUGCCUUUCAGCAAGACCACCAGAAAAAUUAUGGUGUUUGAAAGGGCUACCCUAUCAAGUUCAGUGUUGGAUUUUACAUUUUUAUUUAUUUAGCAGAUGUUUUAUCCAAAGUAGGUCCUUCUUUUUAGGGAGCAGAAUCAGCCAGUCCCUGGAGUAACAGACGACGUUCCAAUCAUAGGCGCAGCACCAUAACAUGCUGAGCCACAUGGCUAAGGGCUAGAGCAAGUCACUAUUUACUCCUGGGGAAAUGAACAAGGUUUGAUUCCUAUACCUGACCAGCCAAAAAGCUGACAGAGGAGUUUCUGCUGCCAUUUGCUGAACUGCUCAGUCGCUAUAAUCCAUCAUCCCCACUACCCCCCCCCCCCCCGGUAGCCUUUGCAGGCUGCUGAACGUUACCUCUUCUCUGGCAGAUUCCCAAAGGCUCCUCGCAAAAUAAGACAUACCUGUUUGAUUUUGGUAAAGUGGGAGAUUUGGGAGUCCUGUGCUGGCUGCCAUCUACAAAAAAAGUGUCAGUGUCCUGAAAACUUAGCAAAAUUAACACAAUGCUGCUGUAGCUGCUGGGGUGGGCAGUACUGAGGGGUACAAUGGCAUAUUGGGUAGAAUUGGAGCCUCACACCAGUGGCAGUCCCUCUGAACAAAAUGAAUUCAAAGUGAUAUGUUAAAUUGUACCUUCUCUAGCACUCUCCAUUGUCAUGGCCAAAAAAACCCGUUUGCCAAUGUUCAGCUGCUCUACAUACAAGAUAUUCAAAUAGGAAAAUAAAUAUUUGUCUGUUUGAAAACAUCCCCGUUUUAAUGGAACACUCAUACUAUGGGAACCCUCUUGUUGUUAUUUUACAGUCAUGAAUAGUGUUCACACACUGGUCCUAAACAGUUCUGAGGUAAAAAGUUCAAAAUAUGGUAACAUAUGUAGGGAGGGUGAGCAGGAGAGGCCAAUCCACACGUGAUUUAUAGCUUUAGGCCAAUACACAACGCAUACCGAUUUCACUCCAGUUCCCUGAACUCUGCAAAAGGCACUGCCGUAUUUCAAAAUCCUUUUUAAAAAGCUGAUUAGUUAAGUUUCCAGACAGCACAGCACAAAACUCAUUCUCUGGAGAAACUUCUGGGGAAAAAAAUACCACUCACCUCAUACUGAUGCCCAAUGAUGUUAAAUAAAACAUUCUGCAAUGCCUUCAUCAAGACGCACGGCACUUAGGAGUACCCCAGAACAUAUUAUUCUUCAUGCCGGUAAACGCAAAUUACUUGUAACAAGGCAAUUAAGCAAGUUUAACAGGCAAAAGUAUUUUCAUUAACAGCACAUUUAUAAAUUCAAAGUUAUGAAGACAUGCAAGAAAUAAGACAGAAAAAUACAAUCAAUUAAUCUGUGAAUUUUUUCUUCUAAAUUUUCUUUGGACUUAGACCUUAAAUAUGCAGUAUGUAUAUAUUUUGCAAUGAUAAACUUGUAACAUUUUCAAAGAAUUUCUAGAACAGUAAUUUAUAGAUAAAUAUUUAAUGACUGUCCCAUGUUUACUUAUGGAUAAUAUUUCAUCAUUCUUAAACUUCUUUUAGAUAAUAUACAAAUAUUUAAUUGUUUCUGCUGAUGGCUAAUAUUGAAUCAGUGUCACACUUGCUUCUUUUAACAACUG